AUGGCAGAUCAAUUAAAUGCAUCUUUCAUUAAACAGUCCGAGGAUAUAAUUUAAUAAAAGAAAGAAGAAAUUCUUUAGUUCUUUGAUCAGAAAGGCUACAAGGCUGACUCAGCAUUUGACGAUUAACUUUGGUUUUUUCCAGAAAUCAAUUAGGACUAGGAACACAUUUUAUGGAAGGUCAUAAGCGAUACAAUUGGUCAAGAUUAAGUUUACGAUGAGAAUUUUGCAUCAGAAGCAACCAUUGAUACUUUUGUACAGAAACUAUUGGAUUAAGCAAAAAUGAUACAUUUGAAAAUCCUUGAUUUCCAAAAAAACAUUGAUUAUUUCAAAGACGAACUUACUAAUUUCGAUAAGUUUUCAAAAGUCAUUGAAGCUAAUAAGCCUGAAUAUAAUCAAGAAAAUGCAUUAGUCAUCUCCUUUGUAGAUCAAGUCAAUUAGAUAAGCGAGAUGUAAAAAUUUUACAAACUGAAAUACAAAGUUGGAACUAUUCAUUAAAAUUAUCAACCACUGUAUCCAGAGAAUUCAAAUCGAUCUACUUGCGUCUCUUUAGAUAAUACCAUAGAUUCUAUAACCCUUGUAGUGAUGGGAAAACGACUCGAUAAAAAUUUGGGAGAUGCCAGAACUUUGGGAGAAGAUUUUAAAGAAUUAGCUCAAAUCAAAAUCCCUAUUCUUGAUAUCUAUCAAUAAAUUAGACCAAGGCAUUUUGCACUCCCAACCAUACCAUAAUGCUACUUAAUAGUGAAUUACUAGGAUUAAAGUUUGGAUGCUCCUUAUAUAGAUAAUGUCACUGUAAAUCUAAGAUUUGAUGUGAGACUCUCAUAUGAUGAUAGAAUCAAUAUUAUCAAGUAACAAAAGGAAUUUAAGAGUGGAUUGAUUGAAAAAUUCUAAGAAAAACUCAAAUAAAGAUUAACUCAGAUGGAAUAGCUCUUGUGUCCAUUCAAAUAGAAUCCUAAAUUAUAAUACGUAACUGCUAAGGGAAUAGGAUAGAAAUAAGACUUCAAAGAUGAACCUAUUAAACCUAAAAAUGAUAGAAAUAAGGAAGACAUAAAACCACCUAAGGAAAGGGAAACAUGUUGCAUAAUUUAAUGAAUAAAUAUGAAUUCUUCAACAAAAUAACAAAAAUUUACCUUAACCU